UUAGGCACCUGUGACCGCGUUCGAGCAACAGUCGUCAGUCGAGAGCCGGAGUUGGGUCUGAUCGGACCCACUGCACUCUGACGAGGUUCCUUGAACGGAAAAGCAGAAACACUUUCACCGGGAUGCUGAGGGAAACGGUUCUCGUUUUCGCGGCGCUCGUCGUACUCGCCGGUGCCACGGUAGUUAAUCACUGCAAUUCCGAGACUCCGUUCGAGGAUACCACGCAGGUCAGCAUAUCCAAUUGCGAUGAACCUGAAUGUUUACUGAAACAAGGAACGACUAUCGUCAUAGAGAUCAAAUUUGUGCCUGAAAAAGACAUUCACAGCUUGACGAAUGAAGUGAGCGCGCUCCUUUUUAACGUACCCUUGCCCUUCGUGGGUGUCGAUGGGACAGACGCCUGCGCUAACAUGUAUAACCCUGAUGGCAGCAAAACCAGUUGCCCUUUGAAGCAAGGCGUUGAAUACUUGUACAGAAACAGUUUCCCUGUGCUGGCAUUUUAUCCGAGGGUUUCGCUGGUCGUACGUUACGCAUUGCGAGAAGGAAAUGACAGAGUUAUAUGUUUCGAGGCACCAUCGAAAAUUACGAAAUAAACUACACCACGUUGCCGACUUCGACAUAUUACAAUUAAGGGACAUAGUGUGCGUAGUCGAUGUAGCUCCGAGCUUAUAUAAUUUAAUUGGCCGAUGUGGCAUGCGAAUAAUCCAUCUAAAGCGAAGUAUACCAUAUUGUGAUACGCAAAUUUAAAAUUCUUUUAAUAAAGCAACUUUCUACUUUUAACCAA